UUAUGUUUUUAGAACGCUUUGGUUCAACCAGAAUUGAUGACCAGUUAAUAGCACGCAUUGAAAGGAUAACGAGGAAACCAGCUCAUCAUUUCAUUCGUCGUGGCAUAUUCUUUUCUCAUCGUGAAUUGGAUACGAUUUUGACACUGAAAGAACAAGGCAAACCAUUUUAUUUAUAUACUGGACGUGGUCCCAGCUCCGAAUCAUUGCAUUUGGGUCACUUGAUACCCUUUAUUAUGACAAAGUACCUCCAAGAAGCCUUUGAUGUCCCAUUAGUUAUACAAAUGUCCGAUGAUGAGAAGGCAAUAUGGAAAGAUUUAAAAGUUGAAGAUGCUAUAUCACUGGCCCAUGAAAAUGCCAAAGAUAUAAUAGCAAUGGGUUUUAAUCCGGAGAAGACAUUUAUAUUUAAUGAUUUAACGUUUAUGGGGUAA